UUCACCCAUGACCUCCCGCAGCCUCCCAGCCAACUACCUAUUGAAGGCAUUCAUUCUGAACAUCCACCAGCAAUCGUGUCUGCAAGCUGCCUUCAGAAGACUUUCCGGAACAUUUGUUAUCGAUAAAGGCGCAUUCUCAGUUGAUCUAACAUCUUUGAUUUAACAGACCAACUCUUACACGAUGGGCCUAACAUACUCGUUUUCGAGCCCCUCUCAGGAAACAGGAUCUUCGAUCAUAGACCUACCAGAAGACCAGACUGUGACACGAAGUGGAGAAGGUAAUGGUCACGGAUCGGAGGCAAUGGCUCGUAUUUUGAACGACGUCAAGCAGAGAGGAAUCAAAGUGCUCCGGGUCGAAUUCACCGAUAUUAAUUGCAUUACGCGUUGUAAGAUGGUGGCAGUGCACAGUCUGGAUGAAUUGACUUCGAACCUGACAAGGGGCUUCCUCUUCUCCCCGUUAUACUUCUUCAAAGAUCCAGCGGGGAACACUUUCGAGUCGAAUUUCAAGAGAAAAUAUUAUUUCACCGAUUUCUGCGCCCUGCCAGCUCUGGACACCUACAGUGUGAUUCCUUGGCUCGAGGAUACAGCAAGGGUCACAUCAGCUCUCUAUCACCUCAAUAUGACAGACCUUGUGGUAGAACAUCCGAGGAACGUGGCGGAGAAACAACUUCGACGUUUGGAAAGUCUGGGGUUUUCCCUGCUGAGCGCUUACGAAUCGGAAUUUCGUUUAUCCGACGCGAAAGGUCAAGAGCUGGUCGCAGAGCGGAUGAGUUUCGGUGGCAGCACCGUCCUACUUCUAAAAGUCAAGGACUAUAUUAAGCAGUUGUUUGACUGUUUGCCACAGGUCGGAGUGCUUGUGAAUACUAUUCACGCUGAGACCAGUGCAGGAGCUCUGGAAGUUGCCACAGAGCCUUCGUUUGGAAUAAAGGCUGCUGAUGACGCAGUCAUGGUUAGGAAUACAUGCAAAGAUAUCGCUCUUUGUAAUGGGUAUACUGCACACUUUCUAGCUGACCCCAACUGGAAUGCGCAUGGAUUUUGUCUUGAUUUCAACCACUCCCUUUGGGACAAGACUGGUAACGUCAUAUCCAACAAGACAGGUGACCUGACUGACACGGCAAAACAUUGGAUUGCUGGUUUGCUCGCCCAUGCCCGAGCGCUAACACCCCUGAGUGCUCCCACCGUCAACGGAAUCAAGAUGUUUGGUGCUUACCAACCGCCCAAUCAUAAUGAACCUUCGUUCAUUACCUGGGGCAGGUAUAACCGCUCGGUUACCUUCCGCGUCAAGAGUAGCGGUGGACCAACAGGAUCGUACAUAGAGAAUCGGCUCGGAAGAAGCGAUGCAGAUCCUUAUCUGCUGCUUGCAGGUACCAUAGCUGCAGGACUGGACGGCAUCAUCAACAAACUGACUCUGCCUUCGGAAUGCACAGGGGACGCUCACACGGACAUUCCACCCGGGACGCCAAGACUUCCAUUUGAAAUGGAAGAAGGAGUCACUGCUUUGGUGGAAGAUAAGGUCCUCUGUGAAGCUCUCGGCAAGGACUUCGUUGAUCUCAUUGUCGCUUCGAGGAGGCAUGAAAUUGAACUGUACAAUACAAACAAGACGGAUAUUUAAGACAUUUUCCGUUAUUAUUACAUCAACCCCUUUUGUAUCAAUCGAAGGAGAAUAUUGGUGUUGGUACGUCUUCUCGGUGGUGGGGAAGAAAAAUAUAGAAAUAUCGAAUUCAAUUAAAUUUAAUCCAGUACAAUUCAAUACAAUACAAUACAAUACUAAACAAUUCUACUAAUGCAAGUAUAUAGUGACUUAAAUAUAUCUGCAGAAUAGGUCUGAACAAAAUACUAAAAAGUGAAAUAAAUUUAAAAUAUGACAGUCAAGAAACAGGAUCCGGAGACGAAGUUCACACAUGAUGUUAUGCCCCAAACUUUUUAAACAUGGAUUUAUAACAUUUCUUACUUUCGCUUCUCCCACUAAAAGAGAAAAUUUAUAUUCGGAAUGAAAAAAGAAAGAAGGAGAUGUCUACUCCAGCUAGAAAAUUCUAAACAAAAGAUCACAUAGUGGAUAAUGCUGAAAUGAGUUACAAUUGAUGAAAUAUUAUUAUAUUGGUUAUUUUACAUAUUUUGUUAU